AUGUGGCAUGAGGAGGGAGGGGAGGAACGGCCGGAGACAGGGGAGGCAGAAUCGGCGGGUCCGGGAGGGCAGGAGGUAGAGUCGGAGAGUCAGGAAGGGUUGGAUGAAGAGUUGGUUGAGUCGGGAGGGCAGGAGGUAGAAUCGGAGUCAUUUUCCCCUGCUACGCACGUACCAUCUAAUCGUCGUGCGCGGCAUGAGCUUGCUAGUUACAACACUGCUGCAAAGGAGAAUGUUGAAGUCAGAGAAGGCAGAACCCGUGCGCAAACCUCGGGCCGUAAACCAGCAGAGCGUAUCCGAUCCCAUGGUCACUCAAGGACCUAUACUAUCUCCGCAUCUGAAAUUGUAGAAGCACUCUUCGUGGAGCAGAGAGCGUCUGAUACUAUGGAACUGCCGAGAGCGAUCAUUCAGGAUGUAGAGACAGAGCCUGGUAGCUACCGAGAAGCCCGCNAGAGUUCAGGAAGGGCCGGAGACAGGGGAGGCAGAAUCGGCGGGUCCGGGAGGGCAGGAGAAGCACUCUUCGUGGAGCAGAGAGCGUCUGAUACUAUGGAACUGCCGAGAGCGAUCAUUCAGGAUGUAGAGACAGAGCCUGGUAGCUACCGAGAAGCCCGCCAGUCAAAGCAUACCGUGAUUUGGGACAAAGGCAUGUCUGCAGAGUUUGAAGGCUUGUUAAGAGCAGGAAUGUUCGCGUUAGCAGUAAAGGCCCCGAUAGGCUGUAACGUGAUAGAUGCUAGAUGGGUCUAUAAAUGGAGCGCAGACAAAACAGGCAAGAUAGUGAAGGCCAAGGCUAGGCUUGUAGCGGAGGGCUUCAAGCAGAAGUAUGGUGUGGAUUAUCUUGAGACUUUCUCGCCAACUGCAAAUGCUGCAUCGAUUCGUUUGUUGAUAGCAUUGGCGUGCAAGUAUGAUUUGGAAUUUCUCCACUUUGACAUUGAGCAAGCGUUUGUUCAGUCGGAAUUGGAUCACGAGGUGUUCAUGAAGUUGCCUCCUGGCUGCGAGUCGAUGUCAGGAAAGGUCGUCCGUUGA